AUGAAGAGCUUGAUGCUAAUGUUUGUGUUCCUUAUGUUCCUUCCGGUUAACGCCUUCCGUCCGACCCUUCUAGGCAACCUGAACCUGAUAGAGAGAACUUGCAGGCAAACACCCUUCUAUGAUAUUUGCAUUUGGUCCCUGAAAUCGAGUCCCGAAAGCCGUAACGCCAACCUCAAGAAGCUAGCUCAAAUCAUGGUGGACUCACUCAAAACUCGAGCAACGGAGACACUCUAUCUCAUCGAAGAGCUACUCCAUGACGGGCUUGCGCUCGACCCUGCAAUGAAGAAGGCCUUGACAUCUUGCAUUGAGCGCUAUAACGUGAUCAUAAAAGGAGAUGUCCACGAAAUCAACGAAGCUUUCAAAACGGGUAACUACAAAUUCGCAGAGAAAGGCUCCAAUGAUGCAGCCAUGGAGGCCAACUCUUGUGAGAUCGAGUUCCCUGCUAAAUCACCGUUAACUGAUAUGAACAAAGUGGUGCACGAUGUAUCCGUUGUCGCAGCUUCCAUUGUCAAAAUAAUGCAAACUAAGUUUUCCGUAAUGUGAUCAAGAUUUCGAUCUUGAU